CAUAUUGCAAAAUACACUCGAACCGCACUACGUUCCAAUCACUCACUCACUUCCUCUCAACAUGUGGUCCAAGAUAGCAAUUGGUGGUGCUCUGGCGGUCAUGGGUGGUGCUCUUGCUGUUAGUGUCGUCGAUAAUUUCGCCUAUGUGGAUCGUUCACUGGCAGUGGCCAUGCCCCAAGCAAAGCGUUUUCAGAAAGAGGCAAAGGAAUAAAAAUUCACCAUCACAAUUCCGUUCAAUCAAUUUGUAUGUGUGUGUGUGUGUGUGUGUGUGGAUGAUCCAUUUAUUGUAUAUUGAAUUGACAAAAUGGAUUAGUGCAAAACGAACAAAUGACAUCCUUGUUCUCAAAUCCUGUGCAUUCUAUUGGCAUCCAAUGGAAUAUUCUAAUGGCUAAACAUGCUUUCAUCCGGAGAGUCUAAGCGUGGAUUUAUUUUUUAGCCGUGUUUCCAGUGCUUAUUAUUUAUAUUUCUAUCAUUUUUUUUUUCUGUGCCUUACUUAUAAGUUCACGCAAUUUUUGUUAAAAUAUUUAUUAAAUAAUAAUAUAUAAACAUUUUAUGGCA